AUGACGAUAUAUUCAUUCUACAUCUUCGAUAGACACUGUAAUUGCAUCUACAACAGGGAGUUUACACAUUUGGAUCAUGCCAACGCCUCAGGGGUAGGUCAGGUGAAUAAGAAUAACGACUCCAAUGCUUCCAAGUUGCUAUUUGGUAUACUCUAUUCGCUCAAGACGAUCUCAGCCAAACUCAUAGACCUGGAAUCAGAGGCUGAAACCGCAGUGGCCAAUGCCCUCAAGUCUUUCACUAUCGGACCAUAUAGAGCACAUUACUUGGAAUCGCUUACAAGAUUGAAAUUUGUACUUGUCAGCGACGACAACAUUGACAAUUUGCAGGCCAUCUUGUGGGAGUUGUAUUCAGUCUAUUACAUACGGAACGUAGUACAUAAUGGGUUAUCGCCCAUCGAGUUCAAGCAGUCGGAUGACUUCAAAGAGAACGAAACCGUGGGGAAAAUCAGCAAUUCAGGGUUUAUCACGGAAACCGACCAAUUUCUCCAGUCUCUUCGUUUCUUCAAUUGA